CCCAAAUUAUAUCAGUAUCUUCAAGAUCAACAUCGCCCUAUCAAUUCACCAAAGAAUGGCUCAAGCAUCGGACAUCUACGAAGUCGCUACAACGGCUGCCGGGCUUCGAGAUUCGGCCAGGGAUGUGGAGAACGCCUCAAUGAAAAAGCGUCCCGGCAUCGUUGCCCCCAAAAGCCGUCCUAAUGGCCAGGCAAUGACUGCAACAUCUGCAAUAGUGUCGUCUCCAUCCGCCAAACCAACCACUUCCAAGGUGAGCGUGACAGCCACCGAAACAGUCACAAACCUGGACACGCUUCCCACACUGCCCGAACAGACCCACCGGGCCUCAUGUAUACCUAUGGAGAUCCACCAAGGUCUAAUGAAGGAGCAUCACGACCUCGAAAACCGCUUGGAAUCAGAGGCGAGACUGGCCACCGUCUUCAUCGUCCUCUCCGUUGUUGCGUUCCUGGCUGCGAUCGGCUCAUUCAUCUACGUCCGACUACGCCUUGCGAAGAGAAAGCGCAUGGACGUGGCGACGACGAACAAUCACGACAUCUACGUCUGUCCCACAUCAUAUUCCAUGGACGUAGCCCAGGCCACCUCCCUGGCCCGGGCUGCCCAAGCCGAUGCCCUCCCGCCAAAGUAUCCGGGGCAUAUGCCGUGAUGCGGGUAGAUGAUGAGCUGGACGUACAGAAGAAAUUGAGGCGGUAUGUUAGCUUGGGGACUCGGGACGCCAUCUCAAUUUUUUUCCCAG